AUGAAUUCAAAGAAUAUAGGUGAUGGUAAUUCUGGAGACUACAUACAACACUCAAGUCAAUCAUCUCAAAAUUCUAUAACAGCAUUUUUAGCUAAAUUAUGGGCACUUGUUAAUGAUUCAUCAUGUGAUGAUCUUAUUGCUUGGGAUCCAUCUGGUGGAUCAUUUCAUGUUUAUGAUCAAUCACGUUUUUCACGUGAAAUUUUACCAAGAUAUUUCAAACAUAACAAUUUCGCAUCUUUCAUACGUCAAUUAAAUAUGUAUGGUUUUCGUAAAAUGUCAACUAUUGAACAUGGUUCAUUAAAAAAUGAAAGAGAUGAUAUUGAAUUUGCACAUCCAUAUUUUAUUAGAGGACAAGAUUCACUUUUAGAAUUAAUCAAAAGACGUGCACCAGAUGGUCAACAAAAAUCUAAUAUACAAGGAGGUUCUCAUCAGUCAUCUGCACUUAUUUCAGCAAAUUGUCUUGACUCAAAAUCCAAUCGUUCUAUAGAAUUAAGGCAUUUACUUGACGAUGUACGAAAUUUACAAACCAAACAAACAUCAUUAAGUGAUAAAUUAUCAUAUCUGCAAACUGAAAAUGAAGCAUUAUGGGGUGAAAUUGGUUCAUUAAGACAGAAACAUGCUAAACAACAACAGGUUGUUUCAAAAUUAAUGGAAUUUCUUUUACAUUUCAUUACAGCAAAUUCAGCACAAUCUAAUGAACAAUUAGGUGAACAACAAACACCAAAUGAAGUUCUAACCCCUCAUUCACUUCAACCAGAACAAACAGAUACUUCAGACCAUAUAAAUAGUUCUCCAUUAAUAUCAAGUGAACAUCGUUUAUCACCGAAUACAUUGAAACGUAAACAAGCUGCACUUAUGCCUAAUGAAGAACCAAAUAAACGAACAACUAUGCAACAACAACAACAACAACAACACCAUCAACAAUUUUCACAUUUAAAUAAUUUUCGUCGACAACAAAGUGUAACAAUCAAUGAAUUAACAGAUAAUGACACAGGUGGAUGGACUCAAACAACAAGUGCAUCACCAUUAGUUGAUCUUGUCCCAUCACCACCGCCAUCAGCACAAAGUGCAGAAGAUCAUCAUCAUCAUCAACAACAGCAACACCAAAAUGACUAUCAAUGGCCCAAUUCGGCAAAUCAAUUUCUAAAUCCUCCUGUACAUGAUCCAAGAAAUCCCGCACAACAAAAUAUAACUUUUCCAACAGCCGCCAAGAAAGAUAAUGUACCAAAUACAUGUGUACCAGAUUUUUUCUUCCGUACAGAUAAUACUAAUGAAAAACAUAGAAAUAUUGGACAUUCACAAGGAACGAAUUUAAGAGGCAUCAAAACGUAUCAUGACAACUCAGUAAAAAAAAUUUCAAUUCCAACAUUAUUAAAAGAAGAGCAAAUUGAAUAUCCAAAUACAUUUGAACCAAGUCAACAUAAUCUAAUAGAUGAUCUUAAAACGUCUCCAACAUUAAAUUCAACAUUAUAUACUCAAAACCAACAGCAAUAUAAAAUACAUCCACCCGCAGAACAAAUUAACUUUUCGUUAGAUGAUAUAACAGGUGAUGUUGAUCAUAUUCAAUCGUCACUUGAUAAUAUUCGCGAAUUAAUGUUUGAUAAUUUACCUGAAGGUACAUCAAUUGAAGAUUUAUUUGGUGCAGAUAAUGGUUUACUUUCACCACUUUUACAAUCAACAACAAAUGAUAAUCCAAUAGAAAAUUUACUUUUACAAAAUCUUUCAGAACAAACAUCAAAUACAGGCAAUAAUAAUUCUGAACCAAUUGACGCAGCAAUAAAUUCUCAAUCUGUUCCAAAUGUUAAUAACCAAUUAUUUGAGCAAUUAAUAACGGAAACGGCUAAAGUUGAAGAACAGCGUAAUACAAUAGAACAAUUAGAACGUGACAAAUCGAAUUUAACAGAUCAAAUUCAUAGACUCGAAAAAAAAGCAACUAAAAGAAAAUAA